AAGUCCUUCCUGUGAGCCGUUAGCCUGUUAGCUCCUCCGUCAUGGCGGACCUGAACCGGCAGCUGCAGGAGUAUCUGUCCCAGAGUAAGGAGCCUAAAGGCGGCGCGGCGCGGGGCGGCACCGCGGUGGAGCUGCCGGAGGACCCGGUCCCGGGGAGCUGGUUCGGCCGCUGGUCCAGCCGCUGGUCCGGCAGCGCGUCGGGCCCGGGCUCCAGCUCCAGCAGCGGUGUUUCCUGGCCCUGGGCCCCGGAGCCGGACGCCUGCCUGCCGGGUCUGACGCGCGGCCAGAGGCUGGUCGGCGCCGCGCUGUUCGCCGCGCUCUCUGCGCUCUGCUUCGCGCUCUCCGCGCUCUACGCGCCGCUGCUGCUGCUCUACGCGCGGAAGUUCGCGCUGCUGUGGUCGCUUGGCUCUCUGUUCGCCAUCGCGUCCGCGGCAGUGCUGCGCGGCCCCGCCAGGCUGUUCGCGGGGCUGCGCUCCUCCCCCGCGUUCGCCGUGUACCUGUGCGCGCUGGGCGGCACUCUGUACGCGGCGCUGCACCUGCACAGCACCGCGCUCACCGCGCUGGGUGCUGCGCUGCAGGUCGCCGUCAUCGCGGUGAGCGUGGUGUCGCUCGUGCCGGGCGGCAGCGCGGGGAUGCGUUUCAUGAGCGGCGCGGCGGCGGCAGCGAUCAAAAGGACAGUGAGCGGGAAGAGCCUUCCGAUCUGACGGGAGAAGUGAUGAGGAUAUGAGGACCAAAGACUGUUUGAGAGAAACUUGAUUCCUGAUGCAGGAGUAAACUGUGACGUCACGCAGGAGUAAACUGUGACGUCACGCAGGUGUGCUCUGUCUCUCCUGCAGGAGCUCUGACUCUGAAUGUAAACACCAAAUAAAGAUUAAAUCUAUUUGUUUCACUC